UCAAAACACUUUGAUUUCAUUCUCAUAAAUCGAAAACGAAAAAAUGGCAUUGCUUGUCGACAAAACAAAGAGUGGAAGGGAAUACAAAGUGAAGGACAUGUCUCAGGCCGAUUUUGGUCGCCUCGAGAUAGAGCUUGCAGAGGUUGAAAUGCCGGGCCUAAUUGCCUGCCGGGCCGAGUACGGCCCAUCACAGCCCUUUAAGGGGGCUAAGAUUACGGGCUCACUCCACAUGACCAUUCAAACCGCCGUUCUCAUCGAAACCCUCACCGCUCUCGGCGCCGAAGUUCGAUGGUGCUCUUGCAACAUUUUCUCCACUCAGGACCAUGCCGCCUCCGCCAUUGCCCGCGACAGCGCCGCCGUCUUCGCCUGGAAGGGCGAGACUCUCCAGGAGUAUUGGUGGUGCACCGAGCGUUCCCUCGACUGGGGCCCCGACGGUGGCCCCGAUCUCAUCGUCGACGACGGCGGUGACGCCACCCUCCUCAUCCACGAGGGCGUUAAGGCCGAAGAGGCUUUCGAGAAGACCGGGCAGGUCCCCGAUCCCAAUUCCACCGACAAUGCGGAGUUCCAGAUCGUGCUCACCAUCAUCAGAGAUGGCUUGAAGACCGAUCCCAAGAGGUACCACAAGAUGAAGGAGAGGCUCGUCGGCGUCUCCGAAGAGACCACCACCGGCGUCAAGAGGCUUUACCAGAUGCAGGCCAAUGGCACCCUCUUGUUCCCCGCCAUCAAUGUCAACGACUCCGUCACCAAGAGCAAGUUUGAUAACUUGUAUGGGUGCCGUCACUCUCUCCCCGAUGGAUUGAUGAGGGCCACUGAUGUGAUGAUUGCCGGAAAGGUAGCGGUGGUGUGUGGAUAUGGAGAUGUUGGGAAGGGUUGUGCCGCCGCAUUGAAGCAGGCUGGUGCUCGUGUCAUUGUCACAGAGAUUGAUCCCAUUUGUGCCCUUCAAGCUCUCAUGGAAGGUCUUCAGGUUCUCACACUCGAGGAUGUUCUCUCCGAGGCUGACAUCUUCGUUACCACCACAGGUAACAAGGACAUUAUCAUGGUUCAACACAUGAGGAAAAUGAAGAACAAUGCCAUCGUGUGCAACAUUGGUCACUUCGACAAUGAAAUCGACAUGCUUGGCCUUGAGAACUACCCUGGCGUUAAGCGCACCAAUAUUAAGCCUCAAACAGAUAGAUGGGUUUUCCCUGAUACCAACACUGGCAUCAUUGUGUUGGCUGAGGGUCGUUUGAUGAACUUGGGAUGUGCAACUGGGCACCCCAGCUUUGUGAUGUCUUGCUCCUUCACCAAUCAGGUCAUUGCUCAGAUUGAGCUAUGGAAAGAGAAGAGUUCUGGCAAGUAUGAGAAGAAGGUUUAUGUGUUGCCCAAACACCUUGAUGAGAAAGUCGCUGCUCUUCACCUUGGCAAGCUUGGAGCCAGGCUCACCAAGCUUAGCAAAGACCAGGCAGAUUACAUCAGUGUGCCCGUUGAGGGUCCAUACAAACCUGCUCAUUACAGGUAUUGAGCUCAUCAAAGGAUUCCUCGUGUUCCGGGUGAAGGAAGAAAAUAUUAUUCUAUCAUACCCUUUAUUUUUUUCGUAUUAGUCGUAGAAUGGGAGGGUUUUUUUUUAUUAUAUUCGUAGGAUCUCAAUUCCCUUGGGUUGAAGGGUAAGAGAAAGAAUACCCGUUGGUCGCUCCAUGAAAUGAGACCAAAUGGGUUUAAAUAAGAACAAAUGU